GCCCCGCUCCUUCAAUUGAUAUGGAGGACUCCGGUUUCCGAUUCGUGACCCCGCUUCUGAAACCCUUUUCUCGCUUAGAUAGAGAAUUGGUGGAUAGAACUCCGGUUGUAGGCCAAUUUGCGACCCCGCUCCUGAUACCCUUUCCUCACUUGGAUAGAAGAUCGGUGGAUAGGACUACGGUUCCCGGUCGACUUUCGCUGUUGAUACAGUCUUCCCUCCUGUCUCUACAGCAGAAGUGUUUGCUUGAUGUCUAAAUCGAGGCUUCCCGCGCAACACUUUGCUGCUUGUUCACCACAGAGGUACCCACU